AUGCGUCCGAACCGGCCACACCGCACACAAUUACAAUUGUCAGCCCCGUCCCAACACAAAAAGGCUGCAUGUCUGCUGAGCGCAACCCCUCCCAUCCCUCGCGCCAAACAGGUCUCAGGCUUGCACCCGCGCGAAUCCUGCGAGUAUAAAGUCCGUGCCCUGCUAAGAUCCCUAGGACCGCCGCAUCAAACACUCAGUACAUACGUUCUCAGCUCUCGUCCGCCCUCCCUCCUCGUGUCAGCCCUGUGGCUCCCCGGUUGGCAGUUCUCCCCUGACUUCCCUUCCUGUGAAUUUUUAAUCUAA